AUGGCGCCGUCAAGGGCACCCGUUGCCAUGUUGCGACAGCUCCGUCAGGCUCGUCCAUCACCUUCGCGUCUGCUGCCGCUCCGUUUCGUGGCAUCAUGCCGCAGUUUUCAGAACAGUGCCCCUGAUGCCAGUUCCAACUCCGGGCCAUCCUCCUCGUCAUCACAGUCCUCGUACUCGUCCGUGAACGCAUCCGAGGUCGCCCACUUCAACGAGCUCGCCGCCGAGUGGUGGGAUCCCCACGGCUCCUCGCGCAUACUGCACCUGAUGAACCCCCUGCGCCACGACUUCAUCCGCGACUGCCACGCAUCCGCACCAGACGCCCCACAGCCCGCCCGAAAGCUCCGCUACCUCGACGUCGGCUGCGGCGGCGGCAUCUUCGCCGAGUCUGCCGCCCGCCUGCCCACCACCGAGUCCGUGACCGCCGUCGACCCCACCCCCGAGGUCCUCAAGGUCGCACGCCUGCACGCCGCCAAGGACCCGUCCCUGGCCCCCAAGCUCAACUACGUCGCCGGCGCCAUCGAGACCCUGCCCUUGCCGCCCACUGCCGAGGCCAAGUACGACGUCGUCAGCCUGUUCGAGGUCAUCGAGCACGUCGACAAGCCCUCGUCCUUCCUGGACCGGUGCGGCGAGUUUGUGCGCCCGGGUGGCUGGCUUGUGAUGAGCACCAUCGCGCGCACGUGGACGAGCUGGUUCACGACCAAUUUCAUGGCUGAGGACGUGCUGAAGAUCGUGCCCAAGGGGACGCAUAGCUGGGACAAGUACAUCAACGAGGAGGAGCUGAGGAAUUACUUUGCCAGGAAGCACGGCUGGAGCCACCCGAGGGUCAUGGGUGUCGUGUAUGUGCCCGGCCUGGGCUGGAAGGAGGUCGCUGGCAGCGAGAAGGUCGGCAACUACUUCUUUGCCGUGAGGAAGGACCUCUGA